AUGUCUGCACUGCACGCUUUGAUAUCCAAACAUGCUCAACGUCCUAAACUCAUCGAGGAAGUUAAUGAUAAUCCUCUCUACAUCCCAUGUUCCGCCCUAGGUGAAACUGAGAUUAUGAGCAUGGUAUCAAUAGCGUUCGCUGCUAAUGAUGCUGAAUCAAAAGAACGCGUUGAUAAACAUGGUGGUCGUAAAGUAAUGCUACAAUAUCUACUAACCAUGAAUUCAUUUACCGAUGCACGAUUAACCACUCUCAUAUUAAAAUGUUUUCAAACAUUAAAACGUACCAAAGAGGAUAUCAAUUGGAAUACCCUUCAGCAAGAUUAUGAUAUAUUAAAAAAAAUUGACAUGUUCAAGUAUGAUCUGACAAAAAGUAAAUUGUACGAUUCCUACUGGGAACUCCACAGUCGAUCAACCAUAAUCAGCGCAAAAUCAAAACAAACAAGGAAACUAAUCAAUACUUAUCGAUACCUAGGUUUUAAAUCGGAAGAAUUGAAAAUCUAUUUUAAUCAUGUUCAAAUCGAUAACAUACCGUAUACAAAUUCGUCAACACGAGGUUUUGCCGAUCAUGAUGCACAAGCAAAUAUGAUACAAUUUCCAGUUAGUUUGCGACAAAAUCCAGGACUAAUUCAUGUUGAGAAAAUGAAAUUGGAGCAGGCUAUUUUUAAAGUACCAAUAGGAAAACAAGUUAUUUUACUCCACUUUGCCAAUGACAGAAUCCCAGGAGGCUCAUUUUUAUACGGUGGUGCAGGUCAAGAGGAAUCGAUCUGUUAUAAUUCUGAUGUCUACCGUGCACUUUUGGAUUUCAAAUAUAAAAAGUUCAAUGGUGGCUUUAUGAUUCCAGAAUAUGGUGGUCUCUACAUAAAAAACGUCACAUUCUUUCAUCCUCAACAACAACACUUGGAACGAAAGAUCGAUGUUAUCGCUGUUUCUUGUUACGAUUUCACUAAAAAAGACGGUCUCUAUUUGUUACCUGCAAAACCCAUCGAAAAUACACGUAAAAAGAUUCUAACGUUAAUUCGUGCCGCUCAGGCUAAUUCGGAUGGUAAUGGUUCGAACACAUAUUUGUUAUUGGGACCCAUGGGAACGGGUGCGUAUAAAAAUGAUCCGAAGAAAAUUGCAGUAUUAUUAGCUGAAGAAUUACAGUCACCAUUGAACGAGAAUUUGGCAACACAACAACGUCAUACAUUUGAACAAGUCUGGCUUGUAACAACAAAUGAAGGGAAAGCAGACAUGUUUCACCAAUGUUUCAAAGAAGUAAUAUGCAGUGAAGCUACGAGAUCAGAACCGGAAAUACUAGACUUUUAG